GAGUCAACUUUGCAGGCUUAUCAACAGCUUAUACCAUACAAUUUUCUUCAUGUUGUAUUAUCAUACGUACAAACACUCACACGUGUUUAAAAGUUUGAAAAUAGUUUUAUAUUAUAAUUAGUCAUGACUUCAACUAACAAUUUAAUUACAGAAUGUGGUUGUAAUAUUUGUAAAAGUGUGCGUUUAAGAAUAGAUCAAAUAUUUUGUGUAUUAGAUAUAUAUGGCUGGAUGCUAGACUUUUAUGUAGUGGAUUUUUAUAGAGAAAAAUUAUGGGACAAAUUACCAAAAAGUUGGAAACUUGCAUUACAGGAUAUACCUCUAGACGAAUUUGGAUUAUGGUUAUCAGGAGAAUGUUCUUGUAGAAGAAUAUUACCUUUGUCGUUACUGGCAUUACGUAAAGUUAUAGAUGAUCUACAAUUGAAUAGAAAUUACAAAGGUUUGAAUAACUUUUUGCAAUGCGGAAGAUUGGUAAAAUUAAAGAAAGAAUCUAAAAAAGUAACUUCUUUAUACUCGUCGGAUAACAAACAAAAACAAUUAGGAGACUCGGAUUCUGCUUCUUCACAAUUUAUAAAAUUAUUCAGAAAACAUGUGAAGAAGAAAAAGACGCAUGAGAUAGAACAAAUGGCAGAGAUAUGCGCACAUUAUGCCUACAAGUCAGACUGCAAAUCUGUAGUAGAUGUUGGAGCAGGACUUGGACAUUUAGCUAGAAUGUUAACUUGCCGAUAUGGAUUAUGUGUAGCUUGUAUCGAACAGGAUGAAUUAUUAUCAACUAAAGCUAGAUUAUACGAUGAAGAAUUGUUGAUAUCCGUACGUAAACAUAUGCCUAAUUUCUCUCCUCUUAAAUUGGAACAUAUAUCAGUGAAGUUAGAAACUUCUGAUCAUGCAAGAGCAAAAAUAAAAAAACAUUUACACGAAGUAUUUACAAAUGUUUAUAACAUUAAUACAGAAUCUCUUAAGUAUGGAAUUAUUGGAUUACAUCCAUGUGGGGAUUUAGCGUCAAUUCUCUUAAAUCUAUAUUCGUUAAACAAAGAAGCAAGAUUCAUGUGCAUCGUGGGAUGUUGUUAUAUGAAAAUGACGUUAGAGCCUAAUAACGGAAACAAACAGAAAGGAUAUCCACUUAGCUCGUACAAGUCGUUUAGGAAUCGCAAGCUUUCAUAUAAUGCUUUGGAAGUGGCUUGCCACGCUAUUGAAAAGCAUUGCGAUAAAUUGAAGAACAACAACUAUACAGAUUUAAUAGUACACACCUACAGAGCAGUUUUAGAAAAUAUACUCACGGAAAGAGAUUUGUUGCCUUCCCAUAGCCAAUUAAAAAAUGUUAAAGUAACAGAAGAUAUGACGUUUAAACAAUAUUGUUUUCUUGCCACUCGUCAUCUUCGAUCUGACUUACAGCCAAAGGAUUCGGAUCUUGAAGGACCGAAACAAUGUUAAAUGACUAUUACUAUGGAAUUUGAAAUGAGCACACAAACCUUAUAUACACCGACGCAGAAUAUUCAGAGCAUGACAUUCAACAAAAAUUUAAUUUGUGGUUUUAUCUAUAACUUUUUACCAAAGAGAGAAAGUUGUAUUCUCUAGAUAAAAAUGAAAUUGAAUUCUAGAGAAAGGUUUGAUUAAAAUAAUUCAACCGAAACAGGUACAAGUGAAAUACAAUUUCAUAAAAUUUUGAUAAUUUAUAUAUUAUUUGUAAUCUCCAUUUUCUUUUUAAUAAGGGAAGCACCUGAUUAUAUUAUUUUGUGAAACUCCUAUACAUACAUUCAAACUACACGAAAAAACAUUGAACAAGUUGACUUUUAAUGCAUCGUUGUUUAAAGAUGGCACUUCUAACAAAGCGAUUUUAAAUCUAAAUGAAAAAAUGGUUCUCAGUUUUCAAAAUUUUUUCAUUGUAUACAUUUAUUAUCAUCAUCAUUAUUGGUAUUAUUAUUACUAUUAUUAUUAUUAUUAUUAUUAUUAUUAUUAAUAUUAUUAUUAUUAUUAUGCAAACGCAUAAUUACAACGUAGCACUAUUUCAGGAUGAUAUAACUUUGAUCAGAAAUAUUAGAAAUUAGUUUCUAUGUAUGAUCAUCUAUAUAAUUGAAAAAUUUUUAUUUUUUUUUUUUUUUUUAUGAAAACUUAAAGAUAUAUUCUUGAUAUAGUUACGUAUAUCGAUACUACAUAUUGUACAUAUGUACGUAUUUAUCUUUGUUGCAGUAUAUAUUUUAAUUAGAGAGCGAAUAGAGAAUUAAUUAUUGUCUUUGAAUACAAAGCCUCUUAUCAUUAAUCACAGAUACAAAAAUGAGAAAGGCUUUUUUUGGUACGUUCAAUUGUGCAAGAUACAGUAAAAGAAAAAUAGAUUUGCAGAUUUUCAAAUGAUUUUACUGAAUAAGAAAAUUUUUUUGUAUAUAUCUAUGAAAAAGUGCUUAAAAAGAAAGAAUGUUUAAUUAGUCGUUAUAUUCACAGAGAUAGAUAAUUCAAAUAUUUUUAUUGUAGUACUAAUAGUUAUCACUUUAAUAAAUUUUAGAUUAUGUUUGAAACAAUAUCAAAUUAGCUGUUCUUGCGUUUAGAAAUAAAUAAAAUCAUUGUCGAAAGUGAAUUAACAUUUAAUUUUUACAUCUAGCUUUCUCAUGAAUCAUGUAUGCAAUAUAUAUAUAUAUAUAUAUAUAUAUAUANUUAAAUUUAAUAAUCCUUGAGAGACCUUAAAAAUGUUAAUACUUAACGGCUACAACUCUCAAUAUAUAACGUUUAAUAUUAUUAACAAAGAUUCGUCUCGAUCAAUAAAUCGCGAUACAUAAUUAUUAUUACCAUUUUGGAAAACAUCAUUGGAAGACAAGUUCAAUUUGUGAUUAUUAAUUAACAAUGCCUAUAAUAAUUAACAUUUCGAUAGCACAACAUUAUAUAUUUGUACAAUUUAAACAAAAAAUAUCGAUUCAAUUUCAUAUGUGUAAGCUAACUUCAACAAAUUAUGUUAUGUUAGAUUAUAAUUGUAACUAUUUCUAAGUGUUUUAA